GGAGGAGGCGCGAGAAUCAUCCUGGUUCAGUGACUGAGACAAACUGGAGGUGAGCGGAGCUGGUGCUGCCCACGGCGCUGUCGGUGCUGAACCUGAGGGGCAAACGGACCGGGUGCUCUAGUACCUGGAGACAACGCCCUCUUGCAUCCUCCGUGCCCUGGGGGACCCGCUUCACCGGCAGGACCCAUCUCAACUUGACAAAGGAGUGUGUUAUCGGACGUGGGAGAGAGUCCGCUGUUUGCCACCUGGGCUCCCAUUCAGGCGUGACUUUGGAGAUUUCUAUAGUUCUAGACCAAACUAUUUUUAUUUUUCCCCCAUCUAAGACGAUCUUUUUAGUGUCUUUUUUUUUUUUUUUUAAUUGUGGUUUAUAUAUCCACACCAUUUAGGAAUCUUUCUGGGGGACUUUUUUGACUGUUAAAAUAAGGUGAAAAGCAAUAAGGAUGUUUAAGUGCUGGUCAGCUGUUUUGGUUCUUGGAUUCAUUUUUCUGGAGUCAGAAGGAAGGCCAACUAAAGAAGUGGGAUAUGGCCUUAAAUCCUAUCAGCCUCUAAUAAGAUUGCGACAUAAGCAGGAAAAAAAUCAAGAAAGUUCAAGAAUCAAAGGAUUUCUGACUCAGGAUGGCCCUUUUGGAUCUUGUGAAAAUAAGUACUGUGGUUUGGGGAGGCACUGUGUUAUCAGCAGGGGGACAGGGCAGGCUGAAUGUGCCUGCAUGGAACUUUGCAAACGGCACUACAAACCUGUGUGUGGAUCCGAUGGAGAAUUCUAUGAAAACCAUUGUGAAGUGCACAGAGCUGCUUGCCUGAAAAAACAAAAGAUCACCAUUGUUCACAACGAAGACUGCUUCUUCAAAGGAGAUAACUGCAAGACCACCGAAUACGGCAAGAUGAAAAAAAUGCUUUUAGACUUACAAAACCAAAAGUAUAUUAUGCAAGAAAAUGAAAAUCCUAAUGGUGAUGACCUAUCUCGGAAGAAGCUGUUGGUGGAUCAAAUGUUUAAAUAUUUUGACGCAGACAGUAAUGGACUUGUAGAUAUUAAUGAACUAACUCAGGUGAUAAAACAGGAAGAACUUGACAAGGAUCUUUCUGAUUGUACUUUGUAUGAUCUACUGAAAUAUGAUGAUUUUAAUGCUGACAAGCACCUGGCUCUAGAAGAAUUUUAUAGAGCAUUCCAGGUGAUCCAGUUGAGUCUGCCUGACGAUCAGAAACUCAGCGUCACUGCAGCCACCGUGGGACAAAGUGCUGUUCUGAGCUGUGCCAUUCAGGGAGCCCUGAGACCUCCCAUCAUCUGGAAGAGGAACAAUAUUGUUCUAAAUAAUUUAGACUUAGAAGACAUCAAUGACUUUGGAGAUGAUGGGUCCUUGUAUAUCACUAAGGUUACCACAACUCACAUGGGCAAUUACACCUGCUAUGCCGAUGGCUACGAACAAGUCUAUCAGACUCACAUCUUCCAAGUGAAUGUUCCUCCAGUCAUCCGGGUGUAUCCUGAGAGCCAGGCAAGAGAGCCUGGGGUGACUGCAAGUCUCAGGUGCCAUGCAGAGGGCAUACCAAACCCUCAGCUUGGCUGGCUGAAGAAUGGAAUCGAUAUUACACCAAAGCUGUCCAAACAACUCACACUUCAAGCAAAUGGCAGUGAGGUUCACAUAAGCAAUGUGCGCUAUGAAGAUACAGGAGCCUACACUUGUAUCGCAAGGAAUGAAGCAGGAGUGGAUGAAGACAUCUCUUCUCUUUUUGUGGAAGAUUCUGCUAGAAAAACCCUAGCUAACAUAUUAUGGAGAGAAGAAGGUCUGGGAAUUGGGAACAUGUUCUAUGUUUUUUAUGAAGAUGGAAUCAAAGUGAUACAACCUAUAGAAUGUGAAUUUCAGAGGCAUAUUAAGCCUAGUGAAAAGCUCCUGGGAUUUCAGGAUGAAGUCUGUCCCGGAGCGGAAGGAGAUGAAGUUCAGAGGUGUGUGUGGGCAUCAGCUGUUAAUGUCAAAGACAAGUUCAUUUAUGUCGCACAGCCAACCUUGGACAGAGUCCUCAUUGUUGAUGUGCAAUCCCAAAAAGUCAUUCAGGCAGUGAGCACGGACCCUGUCCCAGUUAAACUACACUAUGACAAAUCACAUGAUCAGGUCUGGGUGCUAAGCUGGGGCACCAUGGAGAAGAUGUCACCAACACUACAGGUAAUAACCCUGGCCAGUGGGAAUGUGCCCCACCACACGAUCCACACCCAGCCAGUGGGAAAGCAAUUUGACAGAGUGGAUGAUUUUUUCAUUCCUACCACAACGCUCAUUAUCACUCAUAUGAGGUUUGGAUUUAUUCUUCACAAAGAUGAAGCUGCACUACAAAAAAUUGAUCUUGAAACUAUGUCAUACAUCAAGACAAUUAACUUGAUGGACUAUAAGUGCGUUCCUCAAUCGUUGGCAUAUACACACUUGGGAGGAUACUACUUCAUUGGCUGCAAACCUGACAGCACUGGAGCCACUCCACCACAGCUCAUGGUGGACAGUGUCACCGACUCAGUCAUUGGGUUCAAUAGUGAUGUGACAGGCACUCCAUAUGUCUCUCCAGAUGGACACUAUCUUGUCAGCAUUAACGAUGUGAAAGGUCUUGUGAGGGUUCAGUACAUCACCAUCAGAGGAGAAAUACAGGAUGCUUUUGACAUUCACACAAAUCUGCACAUAUCUGACCUGGCAUUUCAGCCAUCCUUUACUGAAGCCCACCAAUACAACAUCUACGGUAGCUCAAGCACACAAACUGAUGUGCUCUUUGUGGAGCUCUCCUCUGGGAAGGUCAAGAUGAUAAAGAGCCUUAAGGAACCACUCAAGGCAGAAGAAUGGCCUUGGAACCAGAAGAACAGGCAAAUCCAGGACAGUGGCUUGUUUGGUCAAUACCUGAUGACACCUUCGAAGGACUCUCUCUUUAUACUAGAUGGACGACUCAAUAAGUUAAACUGUGAGAUCACUGAAGUUGAGAAGGGAAAUACAGUCAUUUGGGUUGGAGAUGCCUAGGAACCCUGUUACAUAAUUAUUGAAUGAAGAGUUUUACAGUACAUUGCACUUAAUCCAUUAUUUAAAUUUACAGCUUAACUUUCAAAGUUUAUAUUCUAGUCAAACAUAAUUACUUGGUUGGCCCAAAUAAAAUAGAUUGUUUUUACAAAGACAUACACAAUUAACAAUAUUGGAUGAUUAGGAAUAUUUAAUAAGAAAUUACAAAAAUCACAAGAAUCAAACAUCUACUAUGUUUUAAAACCAAUACAAUUGGAUUUUAAAUUCUUAAAAAAAAAUAACUAAACUGCAGGGAAUUUCAGAUGACUUAAGCGUCUUUUCAUUUUAAAGGUAGUUUUCUAUUUUUCCCUCUGUCCUUCUGGUAUGCUUAAACCAGAAAUAAAAGGUGUCGUGGAACCUUAAAAUACUUAAUUCAAAAUAUUCUGUCCCGUCCACUGUUUAUAAUCUUUUGUGCCUUGAAGGGAAUGUCACAGGAGGAAAAGGAAAGCUAAAAGCUGCAUGCUGACCACCCUCAUAACUAUAAAUCUCUUGUCAUUAAAAAAUGUUUAACAUCUCUUGCGCCAAAUCCUGCCUUCAGUCAUUUAUUUAAUCCUCAGUGGAAUAUCAUUUGAAGGCAUAAGUUGGCCUUAGGUUGUAUACAGGUGACAAACUCUAUCUGACAUUUUCUGUAUUAUCUGCAGCAUGCUAUAGAAAAUGUAGAGGAAGGGAGGAAAAAUAAUUAUGGUAAAAAUGUUUGCAAUGCAUUAUCUAUCAUUUUGCUUUCAAUCACUAGAGUGCAUUAUAUUUUUAAUGCAAGUCUGUCUGGGAUGUUAACUGCUUACAAAUGUUUACUUCUUAUUAGCAGAAUAGAUUCUUUGUUUUCAAUUAGUCCAGUGUUGCAUCAUCAGAAACUUUCAUUUCUAAAAAAAAAAAAAAAAGCAUUACUGUGUCUGCUUAAGGUAAACCUCAUAUAGGGAAAUGAACACCUAGGAGAAAAAAACUGGCAAGAGAACUGAUAAAAUAUUAUGUGGCUUAGAAAAAUUAGUAAUAGAAGCUGAAAAGAAAGGGUAGCCCCACAGUAGUGAGUAAAGAUGUACUUCUCCAUUGUUUUGCUAUUUAAAAAAUAAAGCCCAUAGAAAAACUUCAUACCUAAGAAUUUUCCUAAAUGACCUCUUCUAUUCAACUCCUACAUAAUCCUAAAAUCACCUGAGUUCUCACUAACUGUGUGCCGUAGUUUGAAACCUAACUAAUCCUCUUAUUUGAGGCACUGCAGAGAAAUAAAAAAUUAUUGCUUCUUUUUUUUUUUAAGGGGAAAAGAGAAGGCCAGUAGAAGUAGAUUAAAACUAGAAAGCUGGUUUGUUGAAAUAAGCAGAUAAUUAUCCAGGCUUAAAGUAAUAGCUUACAUGUUUUGAGAAUCUUUUUACUUAUUUUUGUUUUUAUUGUUGCUAGAAAUGCUAAUGGGCUGUUGAAAUGACCUCCAUUUACUGAAGGGAACCCAAUAAGGUCUUUUUUAAAUACAAAAUUUUAAUCAAGUUUAAAUUGUGUAAAACUGCUUAGAACCUGAAAUUUUAUAGUGUGUAAUAUCUUCUGUGUAUAUAGCAUCCUGAGCUGUGUGAUAUAGUAGAUUUCUUCUUAGCUUAAGGAAACAUUAUGCGAGAUAGAUUUAAUAAACAACAAAAAUCAGCUUAUGUUUCUACUUAUUGAAUCUGCUUUACUUUUUAACAAUUUUCUCCCUUGUGAACAUGAACCAUAUAAAAUGUCUGUGACUUAAUGAUUUAAUGUAAGUCUGUCGCAUACCUCCUACUUUGGUAGCUUACACCACGUGGAUGCUCUGUCUGUAGAUACUGCUUGAUAAAAGGAGAAUAAACCUCUUACAUUUUAA